AUGCCGGAGGUGUCGCAUGUAGGAUGGGGACUGUGGUACACGUUGAGGGAGCUUGAGACGGCUACAAAUGGCUUGUCUAAUGGGAAUGUGAUCGGUGAAGGUGGUUAUGGUAUCAUCUCUAGUGUUUUAUGGGCUGAUAAUACUCGUGUUGCUGUGAAGAAUCUUUUGAAUAACAAGGUUAGAAUUUCUAAAAAAAGGAGAUGUCUUUCGAGAGAGAGAAAGGAGAUCAGGUUGAGAGAAAUGGCAUUGUUGUGGCCGGAAAUGAGGUUUUCCGGCGAGAAGUGGUUGUUUUCGACAACUGGAGUUGGAGAGCGAGUCUUUGCUAGAGGAGUAGAUGGAGAGGCUGUAGUUUUGAUGGCUGCUAGAGCCUCAAGAGUGGAAAACCAAGAUGCAAUAGACGCUGCUAUUGUUGGGACGUUGGCUGAUCCAAAAGAGUUUCAAUUAUCUGUGGAUGAUACUGCUUAUAGGAACUUCAUAUUACCCCGUUUUCUGCAGAGAAAACCACCUGAUUGGCAGGAUUUUGUUGGGAUCAUUACUCUGCUUUUUAUCAAUUCUACUAUAAGUUUUAUUGAGGAGAACAAUGCUCGUAAUGCUGCUGCGGCUCUCAUGGGCUGCCUUGCUCCAAAAGCAAAGGUUCUUCGUGAUGGAAAAUGGAGUGGGGAAUAUGUAGUUGUUCUUGUUCCAGGUGAUGUAGUUAGUAUUAAACUUGGUGACAUAAUCCCUGCAGAUGCUCGUCUCCUUGAGGGUGACCCAUUGAAAAUAGACCAGUCUGCACUGACAGGUGAGUCCCUUCCUGUAACAAAAAGCCCCGGGGAUGGGGUUUAUUCAGGAUCCACUUGCAAACAGGGAGAGAUUGAAGCAGUGGUCAUUGCCACCGGUGUCCACACCUUCUUUGGCAAGGCUGCUCACCUUGUGGACAGCACAAAUCAAGUGGGCCAUUUUCAGAAGGUCUUUGCUAGAGAAGUAGAUGGAGAGGCUGUAGUUUUGAUGGCUGCUAGAGCCUCCCGAGUGGAAAACCAAGAUGCAAUAGACGCUGCUAUUGUUGGGACGUUGGCUGAUCCAAAAGAGGUGUGUUAAUUAGUAUACAAACUUUCUACUACAUACGAUGGAGGUGCAAGAAGAAUUUACGCUUCUGAUUCUGAAUAGCUGAAACAAAUGCACCAUAAUAUUGAGUGAGAUUUUCCUUCUGAAUGACUUUUGUUACCAGUUCUCCAUUUAAUAUGUGUGUUUCUAUUUUUCUUCUUUGACUUCUACUAAAAACUAAGGCACGAGCUAGCAUUCAAGAGGUUCAC